AUGAAGGACAGCCAGCCGAAUGCCUUCGUUGGCAGCAUCAACGAUGUUAUGAAUGCGGAGGGGAGCUCCAGCUCCAGCUCGUGGGCGAAGUCGGAAAGGAGUCGAGACGGGCACAGACUCAAGCGCAGGAGGAGGGGCAGAAGCGGGGGCAGAAGUAGCAGCGGGAGAAGUCGAAGUCGAAGCAGGAGUCGACACAGGAGGAGGCGCAGAAGCCGAGACAGACACAGGCAUCGGCACAGACAUCGGCACAGGAGCAGGAGCGGGGGCAAGGGGAGCGACCGAAGCAGCGACGGGGACAAGGAAAGAGACCGAGACAGAGAGAGGCAUAGACACAAGCACAGACAUAGGAAUCGACACAGGGAUCGCGACAGAGAUCGCGACAGAGAUCGAGAGAGGGACCGAGAGCGAGACCGCGAUCGCAACCGCGACAGGCACAGACACAGGCACCGGAGCCGAAGUCGCAGUAGGCACAGGCGCAGGGACAGGGACGGCAGCACGAAGAGGCUCUCCAGCGGGAGGCACGACAGAAGCAGCAUAGGCAGUGCGCCAAACUCUGAAAAUCAGGACAGGCGUGUCAGGAGGAACAACUCCCUCGGAAGCGACAGCAUCGAUGACAGAUACAAUGAUGUAACAAAACGGAGUGGCAGAUACACACAUAAUGAUGGGGACCCAUCUGGGGAAUACAAUUUAGAGCACACGGUUAACCAUCAUGGAAAUGCAAACGAUAGACUUCCUGGAGCACAGCAACACUUAAACGAUAAUGGAAAAUAUAGCGACUCCUCUGAUGGGGAUAAGGAGGAGGAUUUGUCAGAAGGGGAGAUGUUAAAAAGAGUUAUGGGCAUAAGUGAAUUCAGCACGACAGAUAAUAAAUGCCACAAUCAGACAGACCUGUCAGGCAUUAAUCGAAGGACGAAAAGGAAGUAUCGCCAGUAUAUGAACAGGCGGGAGCCCGAAGGGGACUCCUUGCGUUCCCCGCGACACUGA